GAACUCUUGACUUCUCUCCGAAAGUAAUUGUUUGUUGUCGCAUUUACCAAAGCUUCCGGUCAUACACUUCAACGCUGGCUCUUACUUAAUGCUUGUACAUCUCGGGAAGCCUUUCAGCUUUGAUUGCCUGUUUGCAGCUAGCUGUUAUCUUGAGGCACCUUGUUUAGGUACCUAGAUUAACUCUGUACAGUAGCUCCUGCAGCACCCCCGCGUUCAGACCAAUCGAGCGUGCUUUGAGCUUCUUUCAAGGACGUAUCUGCUUCUACCUCUUGUGUCGGCUACCCCAAAACGACUCCCAUUUAUAUCUGGAGCUCUAUGCUGGUGCACACAGCCAUCCUACGAUAGCCGACUUGCCGACGACACUACGGCUCCGAGCUCUUACCACCGGCUCCUCUGACCGGAUCUGGAAGCGAGAGGCUACUGUCCGAGCCCGACCUCCGUGGCCCAGUUGCCUAGUUCGCCGUGUACCUCAGCCUGCCCCUUGAGGGCCGCUUCGCUUUGCAAAGGCCGAAACUCGACUUGUCUGCGGUGUGCCUAGAUUAGAUAGACAGUGGACAAGAAAGAGAACCCGGCUGCUCGGAAUCAUGGCGACUGCAACGCUAAACUUCAUCACAUUCAACCAGGACCAUGGGUGCCUGGCGGUCGGAACCUCGAGAGGCUUCCGCAUCUACCACACAGAACCGUUCUCCAAGAUAUUCUCGAGCGAAGACGGCAAUGUGUCGAUAAUCGAGAUGCUCUUCUCCACCUCUCUCGUCGCCCUUAUAUUAUCCCCGAGACAUCUGAUAAUACAAAACACGAAGCGAGGCUCUGUUAUCUGCGAACUCACUUUCCCAUCCGCCGUGCUCGCCGUCAGGCUGAACCGCAAGCGACUUGCCGUUGUCCUCGAAGAUGAAAUUUAUCUCUACGACAUUGCCAACAUGUCGCUCCUCUUUACGAUAGCUACCUCCCCGAACCCCAGCGCCAUAUGUGCGCUCUCACCCUCGUCCGAAAACUGCUUCCUAGCCUACCCGCUACCCAAGCCACGAGAGGACAAGGACGACAAAAGACCCAGUCAUGCGCCCCCUCUCCCAACAUAUAUCCCUCCAACCUCUGGAGAUGUUCUCAUUUUCGACGCCAUCACCUUGAAAGCCGUCAACGUUAUCGAAGCACACCGCUCGCCCCUCUCCUGUAUCGCCAUAAACAGCGAGGGCACGCUGCUGGCGACGGCCUCCGAGACUGGUACUAUCAUCAGAGUGUUCACCGUGCCGAAGGGCCAGAAAUUAUACCAGUUCCGCCGCGGCACCUAUCCUUCGACAAUAUAUAGCAUGUCGUUUAAUCUCAGUUCCACCCUGCUUUGCGUCUCGUCAACAUCCGAUACAGUGCACAUUUUCCGCCUCGGCGGUCCGAACAACGGGGCGUCGGGUGCAGCUGGCGCCGGUAGUGCAGGAGAGGUCCUAGCAGCCAGCCCAGGACAGGAUAUCACUGGCUCGCCACGCGCAGACCGUUGGUCCAGAUCCAGAAGCUACGAUAGUGGCAACGAAUCGCCUGGUAGCGGCAGUGAAGCUAACGACAUUGCCGGGUCCCCGUCUCCUAGGGACCGCCCAACCGCCGCCAAUAGGAGACAGAGCGGGUCUUUUAGCAACAUCCUGCGUCGCUCUUCACAGAUUAUGGGCCGCAGCGUUGCCGGAGUUGUCGGCUCGUAUUUGCCACAGACUGUGACGGAAAUGUGGGAGCCGGCGCGCGACUUUGCAUUUAUUAAAAUCCCAAAGUCCUCUGCCGCAAGGCAACACAACAACCCAGGUGCUACUCCCUCUCUCCCCAUCGCGGGCGAGCCUCUGCGUAGCGUGGUUGCCAUGAGCAGCAGCAGCCCGCAGGUAAUGGUGGUGACCAGCGAUGGCAAGUUUUAUGUGUAUAACAUCAAUAUGGAGACCGGAGGUGAAGGGUAUCUAGUCAGACAAUACUCGAUCUUGGAGAAUGAUGACAAGCACGACUCUUCUUCGACAUAUGAGUCUUAGAGGAACGAAGCGAAGCAGAAGACCAAGGGGUUUGAUUUUACAGGUUGGGACGAGCUGGAAUGGACCGACGAAUCAGACCAUCUGUCUGGAACUGAAAUAGACCCAAUGGAUAUUGGGUUUCCGUGGCCUUAAUGUGCCGGGUACCACUGUAUUCUGACUGGUUGUGAUGCUCUGCCGAUGUCCUUGCAAGCGCACAUUGAAUUCACAGAGCACCGUGUCUUUUGGUUUUUUUAUUUGACGUUUCUUUGGACAUGUUUCAACGGUCGAUUCUUAUCUAAGAAUCUGCAUCGUCUAGCCUUUUGCUUUCUUUUGGUUACUUUUCCGAUCUCUGGUCUGUAUGGCAUUAGCGCUAGGUGUUCAAAAUAUUGUUUAAUAACCCAAAGGGAUCGAUGAAUUCCGACGCUUUGGUAAAUACCAUCCUGAUGGCGCUCUCUGGAUUGUGUUUUCUUGAAUAUCGCAUCGGUCGGGGUUAGCCAUCAUUUUGCUAGAUGGGACUUUGUAAAAUAUACACUAUAUGCAUGUGUUUGUUCC